AUGUCUUCUACAGAUAAGGGGGAACGGAGUCUGUCUCUGUCCGGGGACUCGUCCCAGCAAUCAGGCAAUCCCUCUCAGCCCGGCCGUGUCAACUACGUUGUCAACAACCGACCAAACGACCUCGAUAGCUCACUCCUCCCAGUUGGCAUGAAUUUGUUUGAGAAGCUUGUCGUCGUCCAAUGCAAAUGUGACGGCUAUGCCCAGCCACCCGACAGCCCGAUCCAGGACGAAGAUCACUGUCGAAGCAAACAACCUGGUGCUCUUGAGAUGUCGCAGUCUAGCCACCACCCCCAAGCUUCCAGGUCCCCAGCCUCCUCCAUCCCCAAGACAAACAGGGACAGCUGCGGUGCCUGCGGAAAUGGCCACGACAUUCGCUAUUGCCCAUAUCCCAAUACUCUCGACGGACGAACCAAGAUCUGCCCAAUCUGCGACACCUCCGACCACGCAUGGUUCCAGUGCGAAUACUACGAGCAAGACGCUGAGCAGCAGUGGGAAAUCUGCUGGAUGAAUCGGAGCUGCCUACCAACCCUCGUCCACAACACGCCCUUGCAGGAGAUAUUUGCCAGCAAAGCCAUCUCGGUGAUUGAGAAAACGGACACCGAUGCAAUGUUUGCUUCACAAGUCCUGGGCGGCGUUCCCGGACCACUGAGCCCCGGCUUUGUCAAAAACCUGAUUCAUCCCGGCUCUGACAAUUCUUAUGCCCAACUGACAAUCAUGGGUUUGCUGCCAUGGAAGCUGGAACGACAGGUGCUGGAGUCCUCGCAACGCGCCUUUGAGUCCGUUCGGGAUCCCUUGACGAACUUCAUGCGAAUGGAAACACGCGUCAAAGGUACCAAAUCGAAUAAGCACGAUGUCCCAAAAGCCCGCACGCUUGAGUUCUUCCAUAACGAGGUCGUCGCCCAGCCUCAGACCAAUCAGCAGACAUUUCCUUCUGAUCAUUGCGAGGGAUGUGAUUCCGCCGUAUUCAUGCAUGACAUGAGGGCUGGACACCACAAAUCCGAGUGUGACCGACUUUGCCGACUCUGCGUCAUGGAGGACAAAGAUUCCAACACCAAGUUGAAAGACUGCAAAGAGCACUGCUCAUUGCAUCUAUGCCCUAUUGGUGAUGGCGGUCUUGAUCACGACGUCGAGUGUCUGGAAUGGUCUACAAAACGAUGCGGCAUCUGCAUGGAACCACACUGGCUCCAGGACUGCACGAAGUUCCUAGCAAAUAUCUGCCCUGUCCAGAGCUGCCGCAAGCGCGAUUGUAAGAGCCAUUGCAACGCUUGUGGAUGCAGCAUGGAUAUUCUGAAGUUACCCUGCCCUCAGGAGUGGAAAAACGACUCGGAGAUGUGGGAGAGGCUGGUGUCUGAUCUCUUCGCAGACUGGCAUGCAUUCCUGCACGGCUUCCAAUGGAUUCGACGGGAAUGCCCUGACGCAGGCAUCAAACAAGGCAUGUGGGCUAUGCUACAGUGCUUGACACACGGGGACGUAAUGGUCAAAGUGGAUGCCCUCGCUACGCUGCGCCGAAACGCAUGGGACGAAGCUGUCGAAUACAAUCGACAAGACUACGACGAACUAUCGAUCAAAAAGGCCCUGAGAGUACUGACUGCCCCAGAGUGCAAGAAAUGCUUUGAGAUGAUGUACAUCGAAGGCACUGCUGACUACGAUUUGCGGACAUCAGGUGUGCUGACAGCAUGGGGCAAGGACAUCAAGCGCUCACUUCCUACUCUUGUCGGUGGCGCACAGACACGCUUCCCUUCCAGAAGAACAAAAUAUCGGCCAAGGCGAGAGGCUCAAAUUCUUGACCUAAAAGACAACUGA